GAGCAAUCAACCGUCUCAGCAUGGAGACUGCAUCGUCGACGUCGUCGUUCAUCGGGCGGGGUACGCAGAUCCGCAGCGCGUGCGCCCGAGCCAUGUGGGUGCCUGACCGGGCGCGGACGCAGUGCACGGGCUGCGGCAAAGGCUUCUCGCUCCUGCGUCGGCGCCACCAUUGCCGCGUCUGCGGCGACAUUGUCUGCGGCAAGUGCAGCCAGACUGUGUACCUCAUCAAUACGCGCUCCAACGUCGGCCGGUCGUGUCCGUCGUGCGCCGAUGCGACGCUUUCGGCGCGAACACUCGCGAUGCACAAUGACCUCGUCCUCGAGCCGCCGAGCCACUUGGAGAAGCGCGCAACGUGCCCGCGGUUUCUGGACGCGCUGCCGACGCUUCCUUAUGCGUCGGCCCACAAUAGCUGCUGGAACAAAGACUGCGCCGUGUGCCUCGAGGCAUUUCGGAGCGACACACAGGUCGUGCAGCUGCCGUGCCACCACGUCUUUCACCGUGCGUGUCUGUUCCCGUGGCUUGCCUCGCACGACGAGUGCCCACUCUGCCGACACAAACUACCGAGGGACAUGUCCAACUUCCACCGAUUUUUCUCCCUCUAACUUAUCGCGCCUCGCUCGUCAUAUUGUACGAUGAAGCGCGCUCACUGUGCAUCACAUGCGCCAUCGAAUUAAUUUAUCGUUUUCUUUUCAU